AUGAUUGGUAACAGAUUGACCAACCAGUUAGUAGAGGUGAUCAAAUACACUGGUAACUACACCAGAGAGCAGAUCGAACGGAUGGCCCAGAAGUACAGUAAUAGCCUCAAUAGACAUGGCGCCAACGCAAGGAUUGAGGUAGUCUUAGAGUACCCAAAGAAGUUGUUCCGAUCGGGCAAGUUCACCAAGGUAGGUCGACCAAUCAUCAUGUUCGAUCCACAUGACUACGAUGGUGCUCCAGUGGAAGAAGUGGAUACAUUCAAAUCAUCUGUAUCAGCAUUCCAUUCCUUUGUUGAAUACUUUGUCUUUGAGAUUGUCACACAAUGA